UUGUCAUACAGCCGGAUAGAUAUUAGUGGCGGUGAUUGAGCACGUGAAAUAGUGAACAUCAGAAUCUUGGGGUCACUGGCACAUCGCCCUCCCUCUCUGUUUCCGGUUCAAUUCACUAUCUUUUGGAGAAACAGCGGGCUGAAGUCAGAGCUGAGACUACUUAGUAAAAAUGUUUGACUUGAAGAAAAGGAAUAGUUUGAGUCUGAACUGCAGCCGUGAGACGGAGGAGUUCAGACGAGCGGCGGUUAGACGGAAGGUCAAAGGUGCUUCGGUGGACUGCCAAUACUCACAGACAGUGAGCAGUGGAGCGUGUGGCUCGUACAGCUGUGGCCAUGCUUAUGACAUGGUCUGUGGAUCAGAACCGAACUCCAAACCUGGUGCAGAGGAAGACUACAAAAGAAGCCCAGCUAAAGGAUCACCUUUCAAACCACAAGUGCCUCCUAAACCAGCUCACCUCCAGAGUCCUCUGAGGGCAGGACAAGCUCAAGCUCACAGUCCCACGACAGGAAAAGUAUUACCUCAACAAGUUACUGGCACAGAACAAGACCAGAGUCCUAACAGAGUUCGUGGAGUUUCUGUUCCCUGUUUCAGCCCAGCUCAGAAUUGUCUAGGCUCUCCUAGUCCUGUCAGAGGAGAAGGGAACAGUUUUUUGAAUGCAGUAUCUGGAGCAUGUAUCAGCCCUGCCAGACAUAAUAUUCCAAAUCUUACAAGCAGUUCAGUUUUAGGAUCUCCAAGUCCAGGCAAAAGAGGCAUUCAGAGCUGUAGCCCAUUGACGGAAGGAUGGCACAGCCCUGCUAAGUUGUCCCCAAGGAACCAGAGCCCUCUUGCAGGAAAACUGCAGACCCCCAGCCCUGUGCAGGGGAGGGUGGGGAGCUACAGCCCCGCCAAGAACUCUAAAUCCUGGCUAGGACUGCACAGAAUCCUAAGCAGCAAGAUGGAAGAACAAGAGAAGAGAGCGAGGAAAUCUUUGAGUGUGCCUGACUUGAUCUUUUACUUGGAUGAGAGCAGGAUUUCCACUGAAAAAGUUGAACUCUCUCCACUGAAAACUCUGCAAUCACCCAACUGCAACGAACAAGCCAUCACCAUCAAUGCACCAGUUAACCAUAGACUCAGUCAUGCCACAAAUGAAGUCCAUCUGUCAAGCAAUGGCAAAGAGCAUUCUUCAGGACACAUUAAUAGCAUAGUGCAGGGGAAAGAUUGCACAGUAGUAAAUGGGAAGGGAAUAAAUGACAAAAUGGAAGAAGCCAAGAAACCCAUAGGAUAUGGCUCAAAGUUUUCCUGCCAGUGGAAUGAGGCAACUACAGAAGAUGGCGGGAUUCACAAGGAGUCUAAAGGUGAACAAACUAAUGAGCAGAAGAGGAAGGAGAGAGGAGGAGGUGAGCCAAAAUAUGAAGAGAAUACAGAGCAAGAAUUGUACAAGAUAGCCAAUGAACUCCUGCAGACAGAGAGGGCCUACGUGUCUCGUCUCCACCUGCUAGACCAGGUGUUCUGCUUACGCCUAACACAAGAGGCAGGCCGAGGCUCAUUUCCUCCCGAGGUGAUAAGAAAUAUCUUCUCCAACAUUUCCUCUAUCUACUCCUUCCACAGCCAGUUCCUGCUACCUGACCUGGAAAACUGCAUCAGCCACUGGUGUGAGAGCCCAGGCCUGGGUAAUGUUCUGCUGCAACAUGCACCCUUCCUGAGGAUGUAUGCCGACUACAUCAGGAACUUUGACCAUGCCAUGGAGCUGGUGAGACACUGGACCGAACGCUCCUCUGCUUUCAGAAACAUUAUCCAGGACGUACAGAGUCAGGAAGUGUGUGGCAGCCUGACCCUGCAGCACCACAUGUUAGAACCAGUCCAGAGGGUUCCACGUUAUGAGAUGCUGCUCAGGGAUUACCUGAAGAAACUGCCCGAGGAUAACCUUGACUAUGAGCUUGCUCACAAAUCCUUGCAGACCAUUUCCAUGGCAGCCACCCACUCAAACAGCGCCAUCCACAAAGCUGAGAGCCUGAAGCGGCUGCUCGAGAUCUAUGAAAUGGUUGGAGAAGAGGAAGUGGUUAACCCGGCCAACGAGUUCCUCAGGGAAGGUCGUCUGCUCAAGCUUGCAGCCAGGAACACAUCUGCCAUGGAGAGGCACUUAUUCCUGUUCAACAACUUUCUGCUGUGCUGCACUCCUAAAUUCAGCCUAGUUGGGCAGCGUUUUACUGUCCGCUGCAGGAUCGGGGUGGAUGGCAUGCAGGUGCAGCAGACCACCAAUGAAGACCACCCAUACACUUUCCAGGUGUCUGGAAAGGAGCGGACCCUUGAACUGCAGACCAGCUCUGAACAAGACAGAGAUGAGUGGAUAAAGGUAAUUCAGGAAGCCAUUGACGUGUUUCAGAAGAAUAAUGAAACCUUCAAAUUGGCUUCUAAAGAGCUGAAUGUAGAAGACCCAAGAGAGGAACUCGGCCGACGGGCCCCUCGCUGGAUCAGGGACAACGAGGUGACUGUGUGUAUGAAAUGCCAGGAACCUUUCAACGCACUCACUAGAAGAAGACAUCACUGCAGAGCCUGUGGCUGCGUGGUAUGCUGGAAGUGUUCAGACAAUAAAGUUGCUUUAGAGUAUGACGGCAACAAGCUGAACAAAGUGUGCAAAGCCUGCUACUCGAUCCUGACUGGUCAGAGAGGGGAGAGGGUGGAGGGAAAGAGAAGAAUACUGGAGUCAGAGGCAUCUCCAGUGUCCAGUGACAGUGUAAUGAGUGGCUUCCUGCUGUAUAAUGACAACCCCAAGACCUGGCAACAGGUGUGGUCUGUCACCAGGACUGAACCCCUGGUCCUCUAUCUGUUCGCUGCUCCACAGGAUGUGAAGCCCCUAUCCCGCAUUCCUCUACUGGGCUGCAGUGUGGAGGAUUCCCCUCAGGACUUCCAGGGUCAGCCUUGUUUCUGUUUAAGCCAAUCCAAAACCACCCACACUUUCUCCUGCGAUGGCUUGGACCUCAAACAGAGCUGGCUGACUGUUCUGAAAGUUGCUGUGGCAGGCAGGAUGCCAGCGGGCACACUCUGUGGCUAUGAUCACCACCAAUGGCUCCAGAUGCACUAAUGGUAAUGACAAUGAUGGAAGUGUCUCCAGUGGUGAGGAAUUUAUCAUCAAUGGCAACAAGGAAAACCACUUGUGAAUGUUUGAGAUUAGGCACUAUGGAUGGAAGGUUCUCAUAGAAGCAUGUCACAAAUGUACAGCAACAGACAAAACAAGUCCAUUGAUGUUAAAGCUUUGAACUGCACAUUUGAUAAAAUGAAUGAAAUCUAGAAGUGAAAUUCAGGAAUGUAAAGGUUGUUAAUACACAAUAUUCAGAGUGAGAACUGUUUUCCUUUCAAGUGGCGAUGCACUUUAUUUCUGAAAUGGUUUAGAGUAAAAUAAAUAAAGUGAAGGUGUUUUAACAUGACUCAGGCUAUCCCUUCAACUACAAAGUUGGCUGUUCAGCUCUGUACAGCUUGUCUAAGGUGCCAUGCAAUGUGGCGUGAAAAUAUGCACAUAAUUGCAUGAGGGUUUCAGUGAUACAGAGGCUCUGUGGGAUCAUAAUUGUCUUAUAAAACACAUUCAACUGAUCCCAUUUCUUCACAGAUAAUGUUACAGUAAUUGAAUAUUUACACUCAAAACAAUUUACAGCUAAACAAACUAAAUAAACAAUACAUUUAGAAAGAAUUAAAUGGAUCAAAAUGAUCACUGUAAAACAGACAAUGAAUAAUAACCUUUAGCUUGUUGUAGGAGUACAUCAUAUCUUGUAUGUGUUGGGCACAAAGCCCAUGGAGUAACCAAAGCACCAGGUUAGCUUAGUGUGCAGCAAGAAGAAACAGCUUAUUUAACAAUAUGAUUUUAAGUGAUGUUAUUUCCAUAGAAUUUUUCUUUUUCAGCGCAUGUAUUUUCAUGUAGCAAUUCUGUAAUGAUGGUUACCUUAAGGGAAAUUCCUCGAACUAUUGACCUUGCUGUUCCACAUGAAUUGCUAAACUAUACCUGAUCUAUGGAGGUAUGCAGGCUGACAAACGCGCAGAGAAUUAUCUUUCAUCUUUGUAGCUCUAUGGAGCGUUUUCUUAGCUAGUUAUGGUUUUAUAGAGCAUUUACUGUAUGGUUCAAUCUACUCUCAUCAACCAUGUUUCCAGCGUCAACAGAACUCUUGUUUUCAGCAGAAAGUUCCGAUAAACCGACUGCGUACCUAUCCAGCACUAAACACGAGCGUGUUAGUGCUGAAAGUUAGCAGCUAGCUGGUGAAGAAAGUCGAACAGCUAGCAGGUAAACAACCCAGCUAUUUUUCUCAGUACAGUGUUUCCCACAGAAUGACAGUGUAACUGUCCCUAUUAACCUGUAACCCUAUUUCUAGUAGGUUAUUUCUUAUUUCACCAUUGUAAUUCUACUCAAUUCUCUACCUUAUUUUUGUGUUUACUACUUAAUCUGCUCACCUUGCACUCCCCUGUUGUUAAUGACGUAGCCUAUCGAAACAAUCGAAACCAACAUGGUAACAGCUGCACUUACAAGCUUUUACAAAACAACGGCAAAAGUAGGUCUACAUUAAACAGGAGACUCACAGGAGGGGUAGAGCUGGUCCACUAGUUAAUUGAUUGCAGAUAGCGUCGUCCUCUCGGACAGAUGCUUUUUUAAAUGACAAAAUGGGUCGCCAAAUACAGCUUGGCGGCCGUUAAUAUGCUUAAGUAAAGUCUGUGUGGGAAACACUGCUGUAGUUGGUGAAGAGAAAAGCAGAGCUAAAAGAAACAGACAAAAAAAGACGACUCCACGUGAAUGCUAAUGUUUCUUCGUGUUUGCUGGAUGUGUAAUUAGGUCAUCGUUUGCUAACAUGUUAGCCAUGUGUAUUUGUCAUUUUUCAGUUCUUCUGCCAUCUAGUGGCCGAAAUGUAAUUAAUGCGGCUUUAAGGUUCACACUUAAUUUCCUAAUAAUAAAGAACCUCGUGGUCUGUCAUCAUUUAUGCACUACAUCAUGUGUCAACAGCAAUACACAACAUAAGAUGCCAACAAGUGCAACGUCUCUGUUUUGCUGUUAAAAGUUGUAGAAUUGUGCCUAAAGUGGUUCUCUAUGAUCUAUUCUGCAGAUGGCAACUGUGAAAAAAAUCAACUCGGUGUCUAGAUUGAGAGAAUCAUCUCAAGUUGUGAACUCACCCCAUGAGGGCCUGUCUUUGUCUUGAUACUAGAGUUGCAAACAUAAUUGGACAGCUGAGAAAAGCAUUAGACUAAACAGUGCUCUUUGUGUUACAGCUUAUUCCUCUGAACUGCAGACCCAGCUGACAGCCCGGGUGCAAAUAAGCCAUUUCAAAUUGCCUCUGUCCACGUGGACAUCGCCCUUGCCUGUUGGACAUCAUUAGAAAAUCUGAUUUGGUCUUAGCUCAGGCCAAAAAUAAUUAGUUAAAAUAAAUGGCAAACUGGUCAUUUGUCGCAUUAUGUGCCACUUAAACAGCAGUGCUUACAGACAUGGCUUUUGAAGACAAAGG